GAUGAUGAUGAUGAAGAAGAAGAAGAAGAAGAAGUAGAAGUACACUUACCGUGCUAUACAGGAAAUAGCUAUCCGUCAUCUCCGGUUAGUGGUAAUGUUGUACGAGGUCUCUUUCUGAAAGGUUGCAUAAGCAGCAAUGAUGUCUGGCACCGGGGGAGGGAAGCGAGCCUCAGGUGGGGACAGCCCCCCUGGUCCACCUGAGAAAAAGAGUAAAAAAGAGGAGAAGACCACCACCACUCUCAUUGAGCCAAUACGCAUUGGGGGAGUGUCCUCUACGGAGGAAAUGGACAUGAAAGUGAUCCAGUUUAAGAAUAAGAAGCUGAGUGAGCGUCUGGAGCAGAGGCAGACCAUGGAGGACGAGCUGCGAGAGAAGAUCGAGAAGCUGGAAAAGCGACAAGCCACUGAUGAUACCACACUGCUCAUUGUGAAUCGUUACUGGUCCCAAUUGGAAGAAAAUGUUCACGUCCUGCGCCUACGCAUUGACCCCACGGUGGUCCCAGCACCGCCUGCUAUGCCGGUCUCUGCCCCUACCCCAAUAGAAGAGGAUGGUAUGAUGAUCCCACCACCCCCUCCUCCAGCAACAGAACACGAGGAGACACAGCCUCCCCCACCUGAUGUUAUGGAGAAAGCUCCUGAACCACAGCAGGACUCGACAACCGCACCUCCGCCCACUACAUCCCUCAGUGAGAGUGCCAAGGCCUUCCUCUCCAUUUUGGACAACAGCAGUGAGGAGGAGCUCAGCCUGCAGCUGCAGGACAGGAUGCAGUUUAGCAAAGAGGCCGCUGCUUGCAUGGUCUGCGUCUUCGACAGGUUGCACAGCCGCAUCGACGGCCUAUGCACCCAGAUCCAGUCCGCAGUGUGUGAGGACGACGGCCAGGAAGAGCUGCUCCGUCUGAAUCGCACUCUGCUGGAGGAGAAUAGCAGACUGCAAGACCUGGCUUCCUCCCUGCAGGGCAGACACCACAAGAUGUCUAUGGAGUACAAUGAGCUUGUGGAUAAGGUGACGAGCUCGGAGACCAAGGUGUCUGAGAUGGAGACUGCUGUGGAGGAUCUGCAGUGGGACAUCGAGAAGCUCCGUAAAAGGGAACAGAAGCUCAACAAGCAUCUGGCUGAGGCACUUGAGCAGUUGAACUCGGGCUACUACACCACUGGCAGCUCAGGGGGGCUACCCGGAGGCCAGAUCACUCUCAAUAUACAGAAGUUUGAGAGCCUGAAUGCAGAGUUGGAGCAAAAUCAGGAGCUGGCCAACAACCGCAUGGCGGAACUGGAGAAACUACAGCAGGAGCUCCAAGAGGCUGUGAGGGAGAGUGAGAAGCUCAAGUUGGACCUGAAAAAUAUUCCAGAGGAUGUGGUGAAGGAGACCGCGGACUACAAGUGCCUGCAGUCCCAGUUCUCACUGCUCUACAACGAGUCCCUCGGGGUGAAGACCCAGCUGGACGAGGCACGGGCCCUGCUCCUCACCGCCAAGAACGCCCACCUCAGACAGAUAGAGCAUAUGGAGAGUGACGAGCUGUCACUACAGAAGAAGCUCCGCACUGAGGUCAUCCAGCUGGAAGACACGCUGGCCCAGGUGCGCAAGGAGUAUGAAAUGCUGCGUAUCGAGUUUGAGCAGAACCUGGCGGCCAACGAGCAAGCAGGCCCAAUCAACAGAGAGAUGCGCCACCUCAUCAGCAGCCUCCAGAACCACAACCACCAGCUGAAGGGUGACGUGCAGCGUUACAAGCGGAAGCUCCGAGAAACACAGAUGGAGAUUAAUAAGUUGCGGUGCCAGAGUGGUGACACUGGGCUUCUGUCGUUGGAGGAGCCGGUGAGCGACAGCCUGGAGGUGAAGAAAGAAGAGGAUGAAGACCAAGAAGAGGAGGAGGAGAGGAGGAGGGAGCUGGAGAGACAGCGGUCCCGGGAGAGAGAGAGGGAGGCCGAGAGGGAGCGAGAGAGGGAGCGAGAAAGGGAACGACAGCGCAGCGAAGAGUUGAAGAGAAAAGAUUCGGACACACUGAAGAUGCUGAGGGCUGAACUUAAGAAAGCCCAGGAGUCUCAGAAGGAGAUGAAGCUACUUUUGGACAUGUAUAAAUCAGCUCCCAAAGAGCAGCGAGACAAAGUGCAGCUUAUGGCAGCAGAGCGCAAGUCUAAAGCCGAGGUGGAUGAGUUGCGGGUGCGGGUUCGAGAGCUGGAGGAGAGGGAGAGGAAGGAGAGCAAGAAGCUGGCUGACGAGGACGCUCUCAGGAAGAUACGUGUGGCAGAGGAGACGAUUGAUCACCUACAGAAGAAGCUCACGGCCACCAAACAGGAGGAGGAGGCCCUACUGAGUGAGAUGGACGUGACGGGCCAGGCCUUUGAGGACAUGCAGGAGCAGAACAGCCGGCUGAUGCAGCAGCUGAGAGAGAAGGACGACGCCAACUUCAAGCUGAUGUCGGAACGCAUCAAGUCCAAUCAGAUCUACAAGCUGCUGCGGGAGGAGAAGGAGGAGCUGGCCGACCAGGUGCUAACCUACAAGACCCAGGUGGAAGCUCAGCUAUUGGUUGUACAGAAGCUGGAGGAGAAGGAGGGCAUCCUCCAGAGCUCACUGGCCACUCUGGAGAAAGAGUUAGGAGUCCGCACACAAGCACUAGAACUAAACAAGAGGAAGGCGGUGGAGGCAGCCCAGCUGGCUGAAGACCUGAAGGUGCAGCUGGAACACACCCAGUCCAAGCUGAGAGAGAUCCAGGUUUCUGUGUCCGAGAACCGCACCGCCAGAGAGAGGGAGUUGGGCAACCUCAAAAGAGCACAGGAGGACCUGUCCAGGCUACGACGAAAGCUGGAGAAGCAGAAGAAAGUGGAGGUGUACACUGAUGCUGAUGAGAUCCUGCAGGAGGAGAUUAACCAGUACAAGGCGAAGCUGCGUUGUCCGUGCUGCAACACCCGCGACAAGGAGACAGUGCUCACCAAGUGCUUCCACGUGUUCUGCUACGAGUGUCUGAAGACGCGCUACGACACCCGACAGAGGAAGUGCCCCAAAUGUAACUGUGCCUUCGGGGCCAACGACUUCCACCGCAUCUACAUCACCUAACUCCGUUACACGGAGAGGAGAAAAAGAAGACAACGGUGAACAGAGCCUAAAUGAGAGGAAGGGGGGGAAAAUGGUGUGGUUGGAGAGGUAUCUGGAGAGUUUUGUUUUUUCUCGGUUUUAAUCGCUCCUUUUGGAAAGACUUUCUUAAAUUGCAUCAUUGCCGGUUGGUGCUAGUGACCAAACAGAGCGUUGUGAGUGAUUGCGAUGUACGGUAGGUAGGUGGUAAUAAGAACAGAUGUGCUCAUGCUCCCAUACAAAGUUAUUACUACUUCUGUUUUUCUGGCCAAUCUUAGUCUGUCAGAUCUUGCCCAUGUGGAAUUCUUAACAUUUAACUGAGCUCAUUUUUAAACUGUUAAUCACCUUGUAAAAGUGAACUGGGAAGUUGUCGUGGUGCUGUAUGAUUUGGAGACAGACUUACCCAGAAUCAUCCUUAAGAAUACCUGUCUGUGCUUGUUUUGGAUAUUCAAAGAAAAGACGACCAUUCUUAAGAACUGAGAUUCCAUUACUGGACAUGUAUCUAGUUCAGUUGCUAUGUUGAGUUGUGUACAUUACGACUCCAUUCAGUUGAAAUUGAGUUUCUUUCAUUAUCUUAACAAUCACGUUAUGCACCUGGGCAGAGAUUUCACCGGAUAAUACUAUUGUCGAUACCUAGGAAUCAUUCGACUUAAAGUUGGCAGUUUACUUUGACAGUCACACGCAACAUCUGCAGGUUUUAGUGCUUCGUUACUGAUGACAUUUCAGUGGAAGAAUCAGCUCACGAGUGUCAUUCUAAGUGGGCCAUCCCAUCCAGCUCUUCCAAGACAACUUAAAGAUUACUGGAACAUUAAAGGAGCAAUAUGUAAUAAUUUGCAUUGUCAUUUCAGAAAAUGUCCUUAAUAUAUCUACAGUAAUAGUGGAAUGAUAGUUUCACUAUAUUUUUUCCCCAAAACAAUUUUGGGCCCCACACAAAAUUCCAUUCUAAUGGUGCAGACUUCUUGACCGGGCCAUCAAAGGGCAAGCGUCAAACAUGUAGAAAUCACUCAGCUCCAGUCAAUUGGACAAUGAGAUUUGCUGGCUCCAGUCAAUUGGACAAUGAGAUUUGCUGGCUCCAGUCAAUUGGACAAUGAGAUUUGCUGGCUCCAGUCAAUUGGACAAUGAGAUUUGCUGGCUCCAGUCAAUUGGACAAUGAGAUUUGCUGGCUCCAGUCAAUUGGACAAUGAGAUUUGCUGGCCCCAGUCAAUUGGACAAUGAGAUUUGCUGACUCCAGUCAAUUGGACAAUAAGAUUUGCUGGCCCCAGUCAAUUGGACAAUGAGAUUUGCUGGCUCCAGUCAAUUGGACAAUGAGAUUGGCUGGCUCCAGUCAAUUGGACAAUGACAACUAGAGACGGUCCGUUGUUGAAUUGUCACAUAUACAGUCUCUCCAUAUAUCUUACAACCAUAUUCUGCCUUAAUGGAAUCUCUGAACCCCCUUUUCCUCAGUUCUGAUGAUGCUAGCCAUUUAAUGAGAGCUUGGUGAUGUUUGACGUUAGCACCUGUGCGAACCAAAAUCAUAACUGGCCUCAAAAUACCACCGUGAGACUCUUGUGAUCUAAAGUCAAUGGCAAAAAAAACAUCAUGCAUCUGUUCAAAAUAAGACUUCUAGAAUGUUUAGAUGAAAUGUUUGAGUUUUGUGACUCGGGAUAUUUGGAUUGGUAUUAAUAAGUGGAUAGCGUGGGCUCUGUGUUAUGAACAUACAUGUCAUAGACAAAGAAGCAGUUCUCAUUCAGAACAUAGUGAUCUUUUUGUAUUUCACAGAGUGUAGAUUUUGUGAGUUUUCCUAGUAAAAACAUAGACUUGCGCAUCAUGAGUUGACUGUUGAAUACAUUUACUCAUUAUGGGGUUUUCUGACCUGGGAGUUGAACAAUGGGAAAACAUUUGAUCUUGCUAAAACAAAGUGAUGUGAGUGGUAAUAGCCGGCUUUUAGUAAUAAAAAAUAAACAGUAAAGUCGAUUUUAAAUAAAAUUUGCACCGGCAAAUUGUCCAGAAGGGAAUAAAAUCCAAUUGCAAAAUAA